AUGGAAGAAGAAUCCAAAACAGCCAAUUUACAACAUUGUGACAAUUUAAAUAAUUCUACCACCAACAACCAGAAUCUAAGCCAGGAUGAUAAAAGCUUUGAAGAUUGAGCAUUUGCUGGUGAAGAAGAAGAACUCUUGGACACAUCUCCUCCUUGCUUUGAAAAGUGCAAGAAACAUAGAGAAGCGUGGAAAGUCAAAAACUUGGCUUUAUUAAGCGCGAAUGAAGAUUGGAGUAGCAUUGAAAAGUUCUGCCAAUGAUGUCACUUGCCCUUAUACAAUGCUGCAAAGCCAUUUCAGUUUUGUACAAGCAAUACAAACCUUGGCAUUCUCGGAUUGGGAUUUACUCUAUUCUACAAGCUGAAGAUAUUUCAUUGCUGAAUCUAUAUCGCCUUAUGAGUGGUAGCUAUUGUGAUUUCAACACUAUAUCUAAGUCAACAAGAAUCUGCAAGUGAUUAUAAUUCUUCUAAAGAGGUCUCCUAUCUUGCAUAUACUAGCUUAGGAAGCUAUGGUAAAAGUAUUCAGAGCUCUGAAAAAGAACAAAUUGAAAUGAUUAGAUUCAUUUACCUUGCCUGCCUUGUGUCAAUUGUCUUUGGAACUCUGAUCUUCGAAUGUUGCCAAGUCAAGUUCAUCAAGUACAGUGAGAGGGAGUACACUAAAGCUUCUGAUUUCGCAGUAAUCGCUUCGAACAUCCCUGUUUCGAAAACUGAGCAGCAAAUAAAAGAGUGGUUUAAACAAAACAAUGAUGAUGGCGAGCCACAAUAUGUCAGCUUAUGAUAUGAUAUUAAAGAAACUACACUGAAGGGACAGAAAAUAGAAAAACUGAAGAACAAGAGAGCAUCCUUAAGAUCCUAUCUUAAGGAGCUGGAAGACCCUGCUUACCUCAGAAAUUAUACUAUAUGGGCUUUCUCCGAAUACAUAAAAUCAGUAAGAUUAUCCAAAUAUCACCAAGUCGAAGAAGAAAUCAAAGCUCUUGAUUUUCAAAUAACUGAGCUUGAAAGAGAAGUUCAAAAAGCAGGAGACGAUUUCAGCUUCUGCGGCACAGCAUUCAUCAUCUAUGAUAACUCAGAAGAUGCUUUUAAAAUUAGAGAAAAGUUUGAAAUUUCUUAUCUGAGAAGAUCCAUAAACUUUGUCUUGAAAUAAGGUCUGAAAAUGAAAGAAGUUUACUAAAAACGACAAUUAUACUUGGGACGAUAGUAGAAUAUUUAUCGACAAACCUGCUGAACCAAAUAACUAUAUUUGGGAGAACCUCUCUGCUAAGAUGAAAUACAGAGUCUUGAAAACAUUUAUUACGUUUUUGAAAGCUUUGGGCUUCCUAUUCAUUGCUUUUUCAAUCAAUUAUGUCUUAAAUUUGAUAAGAGAUCAAUUUUCAGAGAAUGAUGAAUCUAACGUCUUAUCUCAAAUGAUUAGAUAUCUGAUCACCUUUAUCACAAUGCUAUUCGUCUCAUGAACCAAUAUAGCUCUUGGAAAAUUGAUAAGAUCUAUAUCUAAUGCUGAAAAACAUCAUAACUAUUCAACAUACCAUCUCUCGGUUUCAAUCAAACUGACAUUUGCCACAUUUAUUAACACGGGAAUUUCUCCUUUGAUUGUUAACUUUGGAACGAGCAAUUGGUUCCAUUCCAACGGCCUCGCAGUGGAUGUGUUCUGGAAUACAUUUUCUGUUUGCUUCAUUGGUCCUUUACUAUACCUCUUUGACCCUGCUUAUCUGUACAAGCUUUAUAAGAUUAGAUCUGAAAAGAAAAAGGGAGCCCAAUCAAUAUUAACUCAAAGACAAGCAAAUCUAUUAUUUGAAGGACCUCAAGUUGAUAUGGCUCAGCGGUAUUCUAAUUCAAUGCUUUUACUAUCAUUGGCAAUGAUGUACUCUUAUUUGUUCCCAAUCAUACCUGUGUUAGCGUUAUUUGGAGUUAUUUUCCAAUACCAAAUAGAGAAAUAUCUUCUCCUAAACAGACACAAACUGCCUGUUCAAAUCGGCUCAACACUCUCUAAGUUUUACGUUGGAUUCAUGCCCAUAAUGAUCUGAGUAUUCGGACUCUCAAUUUACAUGUUUGCUAAAACUUUGUUUAAACAGCACUAUAUUGAAUUCCCCAUAAUAUCAGGAGUGUUAGUGAUAUAUUACCUCUCUCCAUUGCCAAGAUGGAUGAAGAGAACGAUUCAGAAAUGAAACAAACACACCAAGAAGAGCUACAAAGAGACUAAGUUGAGCCUAUUCCAUGACUACAAUAGAGCAAACCCUGUGACCAGAAGAAAUGCUGUACAGGCGUUCCUUCAACUCAAGCAACAAGAACUUAGCAAGAAUGCUAGAGAUGGUUAUGACAAGAUGAACACUUCGACUGAUACUUUCAUUCAAAUCCAAACCUUUAAAAUGAAAACUAUCAACACUCGUAGUAAACUCGACGACGUUCUUAACUAUAAAACCAGAAAAUCUGUGAUGGACGGAUGGCUAUAUUCAGUUCCUGAAUACGACUUUAAGUUUUUGGAGUAUUUAUAUUCAAAAUCAAUAGUUUUACUACCCAAACUUCAAAUCGAGGAAAAGGAUAAAAAAGCUCAUGAAGAAGAAAAGAUCCCAAACAAAGGCUCAGAUGAUCUUAGACUAGAGGAUAUUGAUGAAGAAGAAAUUAAGAAAAAUACAAGAGCUGGAAUAAAUAAUCCACCCAACUUUGCCGAGAACAUGCCCACAUAUGUCUCAAUUAAUUCAAGCAAAAAUGUCAGAGAGCAAGAAUUUCAAGGAAAUUUGUACACUCAUGGAGAAGAUCCUUAA